UUGUAGAAGUGCUGCGCAUGCGCACAAGUCGAGCAGUUCAGUCACAGUUACCAACUCCAACGCUUGAGAUCAGUUGAACGUGCAACUUGCAGCAUAACUAAAUCAACGACUGCAUUUUGUUGUUGUUUUUAAAUUGUGCAACGAACACAUAAAUCUACGCACACAAAACACACAUACGUGCACAAAUAAACGCGUAGUCGUUCUUUUUUUUGAGUUUUACCGAAAUCGAAAAAAAAAAUACAUUUAAAUAUUUUGUUGGUGUAGCGCAAAGCAGCGAAUCACACGAAACGCCAAACUUCUGGAAUUCAUUCGCUGAGUCUACGAAUUAUCAGACAAAAUGCUACCGCCACGGUUGAUACGAGUGGCCUUUGUGGCAUGCCUUCUUUUAGUGCUACUCUCACAGACAGCCGACAGCGCGCAAACUAAGACACGUCGACGUCUACGUCGCCCAUCAUCUACAUCCGUUUCUUCCGCCGCGUCUGAUUCACGCAGCAGUGUUGUUGUUACAAAACGUGCUACACAAUCGCCCGUCGAUGAGAUCGAAAAACGUGCUGAUCAACAAUCCUCCUCAUCCGUGUCAUCGUCCACCACGACCACUUUGUCACGCGCACGCGGUCGUUCGAAAUCGAAAACACGCGGUUCGCUUGSCGCUGCCGCCGCUGGUACUGCCUUGGUGGCGAGCGGUUCCACMUUGAAGGGUAAAAAGACCAAAGCCGAUGAUGGUGGCAUGAAGAUCGUUUGCUACUACACGAAUUGGUCGCAGUAUCGCGUGAAGAUCGGCAAGUUCGUACCCGAAGACAUACCAGCAGAUUUGUGUACACACAUCAUUUUCGCCUUUGGUUGGCUGAAGAAGGGUAAAUUGAGCUCAUAUGAGUCGAACGAUGAGACGAAGGAUACCGUGCCCGGUCUCUACGAUCGCAUGAUGACACUAAAGAAAGUUAAUCCAAAAUUGAAGAUCUUGCUUGCUCUGGGCGGUUGGUCUUUCGGCACACAAAAGUUCAAGGAGAUGUCCGCUACACGUUACACACGUCAGACCUUCAUCUACUCAGCUAUACCCUUCCUGCGUAAACGUGGUUUCGAUGGUUUGGAUAUGGAUUGGGAGUACCCGAAGGGUUCAGAUGAUAAGAAAAACUUUGUGUUGUUGUUGAAAGAAUUGCGUGAAGCCUUCGAAGCCGAGGCGCAAGAAUUGAAGAAACAACGUUUACUGCUCUCUGCAGCCGUACCAGUCGGUCCCGAUAACGUGCGCGGUGGUUAUGAUGUGCCAGCGGUAGCUAGUUACUUGGACUUUAUAAAUUUGAUGGCUUACGAUUUCCACGGCAAAUGGGAGCGUGAAACAGGACACAAUGCGCCGUUAUAUGCGCCAUCAACUGACUCGGAAUGGCGUAAACAAUUGUCGGUCGACAAUGCGGCUACCAUGUGGGUCAAAAUGGGUGCGCCGAAGGAAAAGCUUGUCAUCGGUAUGCCUACAUAUGGACGCUCRUUUACUUUGGCAAAUACUGAAAAACAUGGACCGAAUGCGCCGGCAACCGGUGGUGGUCGCGAGGGUGUGUACACCAAGGAGAGUGGUUUUCUGGCCUACUAUGAAAUCUGUGAGAUGCUUUUGAAUGGCGCCGUCUACGUUUGGGAUGAAGAGAUGAAAGUGCCCUAUAUGGUUGAUGGUGAUCAGUGGGUCGGUUUUGAUGACGAGCGUGCUAUCCGCAAUAAAAUGCAUUGGAUCAAAUCGAACGGUUUCGGUGGCGCUAUGGUUUGGACCAUUGAUAUGGAUGACUUCAAGGGCGAGGUAUGCGGAGGAAAUGUCAAAUACCCAUUGAUUGGCGCUAUGCGCGAAGAAUUGCUGGGCAUUUCUCGCGGCAAAGAGGCGAAGGAUGUUAACUGGACCGCGGUAGCGUCAACUUUCGAUGACUUAGAAGAAGAAGAGGAGAAACCCGCGCCAAUUAAGAUUGAUGUAGAGGAAUUGCUCAGCAAAGUGCGCAAACCAUCGAAGAAACAUCGCAUCAAGUCGGGUCUCRUUGCUAAAGAACAAAACACACGUCCCGCGCAAGUCUUCUGCUACCUGACAAGUUGGUCUGCCAAACGACCGGGUGCUGGCAAGUUCCUGCCGUCAAAUGUUGAUCCCAAACUCUGCACGCAUGUCGUCUAUGCCUUUGCCACACUCAAAGACCACAAGCUCAGCGAAGCUACCGACGAUGAUCCCGAAAACUACGAACAGGUUAUCGCUUUGCGUGAAGAGAACCCAGACAUACAAAUCUUAUUGGCCAUCGGUGGUUGGGCCUUCGGUUCGAAACCAUUCAAAGAGCUCACCUCAAAUGUUUUCCGUAUGAAUCAAUUCGUUUACGAGGCUAUCGAUUUCCUACGUGACUACAAAUUCAAUGGGCUCGAUGUAGAUUGGGAAUAUCCACGUGGUGCUGAAGAUCGUGCCGCCUACGUGAAUCUGUUGCGUGAGYUACGUGUCGCAUUCGAAGGUGAGGCUAAAUCUUCGGGACAACCGCGUCUGCUUCUGACCGCCGCAGUACCAGCUUCUUUCGAAGCUAUCGCUGCCGGUUAUGAUGUGCCAGAGAUUUCGAAAUAUCUCGAUUUCAUCAAUGUAAUGACUUAUGACUUCCACGGCCAAUGGGAACGCACAGUCGGACACAAUUCGCCACUCUUCCCCUUGGAAGCGACAACGGGUUAUCAAAAGAAAUUGACRGUGGACUACAGUGCACGCGAAUGGGUGAAACAAGGUGCGCCCAAAGAGAAGCUGCUCAUCGGCAUGCCCACAUAUGGACGCUCCUUUGAGCUGGUCAACGAGACACAAUUCGACAUUGGCGCGCCGGCAUCGGGUGGCGGCAAAGCAGGCAAAUUUACGAACGAGGCCGGCUUCUUGAGCUACUACGAAGUGUGUUCGUUUUUGGCAGCGGACAAUACAACGCUGGUGUGGGACUCCGAACAGCAAGUGCCAUUCGCAUAUCGUGGCAACCAAUGGGUUGGCUUCGACGAUGAGCGCUCGCUAAAGACCAAGAUGGAAUGGUUGAAGGAGCAAGGUUUCGGUGGCAUAAUGGUUUGGUCCAUCGACAUGGAUGACUUCUCGGGACGUUGCGGUGCAGGCAAGUAUCCGCUUUUGACCGCGCUCAGCGACGAAUUGAAAGAUUACAAAGUCGAAUUGGAGUACGAGGGUCCAUAUGAGUCGCACGGACCACGCGGCGCCUACACGACAAAAGAUCCACAUGAUGUGACCUGCGAAGAGGAGGAUGGCCACAUAAGCUAUCACAAAGAUUGGAACGACUGCACUCACUACUACAUGUGCGAAGGUGAACGCAAGCAUCAUAUGCCAUGUCCUGCCAACUUAGUUUUCAACCCACAAGAGAAUGUAUGCGAUUGGCCCGAGAAUGUGGAGGGCUGCCACCAGCCGACCGAAGCGCCUGCCUAAACCACGAAAAUCGCUUUGCCGUCCGCAAACAUACAUACAUACUCGUUUAUUGUGUACUAACUUAGAACAAAACGUAUAAAUUUCGAAUAGAAUGUGAGAAAAAGUGCAGCGAAAUCGAAGCACUCAUCCUUAUGAACUUAUGAAACACUUGUUAAUACUUUCUGUUCCCUUGCUCACACACAUAUACAUACAUACUUAUUUUUGCUAUUUAGUAUGUAGUUGUUAAUUUUAAAUUUUUGCGUAUGCCAAUCUAAGAACUAAAAGCCCAAUUUUUUCAUAAUCUCACUUUUGAAUUAAUACAAAAAUUCCCGAACGAAAGAAGGUAUACUCAAAAACUGCUCCAGACAAAUGCACAUCGAGGCAAAUUGCAAACAAAUCGAUAUUGUUAACGAAUUUGCAUAGUUUCUUUUCAUUAU